AAAAUUAUAAAGAGUUGACGUUGGCUUUGAUAAAUUGCUAGUUGUUCCUGUUGAACUACAAGCUGAGAACAACAGGCGAAUAUGGCACAAGUGCUUCGGGAAUACAACAAAAAGGACCAGGAACCGCACUGCAGCAGCAAAAUGGCCGGAGCUACACUAUUCGAACGUGCCCAGGCGCUGUCCAGUGUGAAUCGCGAAGAGGGAAUUUCCCUGCUAAAUAAAAUAGUGCGCGAACAAGAAGUGGCUGAAAACGAUGAGGAACUCAUACGCAUUAAGGAGCAGGGCAUAAUGCAGCUGGGUGAGCUCUACAAACAAGGGGGCAAGGCCAAAGAACUGGCCGAUUUGAUCAAGGUGACUCGUCCGUUUUUGAGCUUGAUCAGCAAGGCAAAGGCCGCGAAGCUGGUGCGUUCGCUGGUCGACAUGUUCCUCGAUAUGGAUGCGGGCACUGGCAUUGAGGUUCAACUUUGCAAAGACUGUAUAGAGUGGGCAAAGCAGGAGAAGCGCACAUUCUUGCGUCAAUCUCUGGAGGCGCGCCUGAUUGCACUCUACUUUGAUACGGCUCUGUAUACAGAGGCGCUUGCCCUGGGCUCGCAGUUGUUGCGCGAGCUCAAAAAACUGGAUGACAAAAAUCUGCUGGUGGAGGUGCAACUGUUGGAGAGCAAAACCUAUCAUGCACUGAGCAACUUACCCAAGGCCCGUGCCGCCCUAACUUCAGCGCGUACCACGGCUAAUGCCAUCUACUGUCCCCCGAAAGUGCAGGGCGCCCUCGAUCUCCAGUCGGGUAUUCUGCAUGCAGCCGACGAGCGAGAUUUUAAAACAGCGUUCUCGUAUUUCUAUGAAGCCUUUGAGGGUUUCGAUAGCGUUGACAGUGUCAAGGCCCUCACUUCUCUGAAGUACAUGUUGCUGUGUAAGAUUAUGCUUGGCCAGUCGGACGAUGUCAAUCAAAUAGUUAGCGGCAAGUUGGCCAUAACCUAUUCCGGCCGUGAUGUUGACGCUAUGAAAGCUGUAGCGGAGGCCUCACAUAAACGCUCGCUGGCCGACUUUCAGCAGGCACUAAAGGACUAUAAGAAGGAGCUGGCAGAAGAUGUCAUUGUGCAGGCACAUCUUGGUACACUCUACGACACCAUGCUGGAGCAGAAUCUAUGCCGCAUUAUCGAGCCAUAUUCGCGUGUGCAGGUUUCCCAUGUGGCGGAGAGCAUUCAUCUGCCCAUGCCACAGGUGGAAAAGAAACUAUCACAAAUGAUAUUGGAUAAAAAAUUUAGCGGCAUCUUAGAUCAGGGCGAGGGUGUGCUCAUUGUGUUCGAGGAGACGCCUGUGGACAAGACGUAUGAGCGCGUGCUAGAGACUAUCCAGAGCAUGGGCAAGGUGGUGGAUACAUUGUAUCAAAAGGCCAAGAAGCUGUCAUAAGUCCUCACAGUGAACACGCAUGUCCCGCACACAUCUACGCAUCAUCUGAAUGAAUAUCUGCGAAAUUAGAAGACAAUUUUUGGUUUUUCCCUUGUACUCUGAAAAAUUCCCUCACUGAUCCCCAAAAAUCAUAAACUUUGUUAUAACCACAUCUUUGUAUGUUUCGGUACAACUUACAGCUGAAAAAUAAACACUUAUUGGUGGGAAUAGCAGUAAUAAUAAUGUGUAAACCAUAAUAAAAUAUUUCUAAGCGUAAUUAUUCAAUAGAAAAA